AGCGGGCAAUUCAUUUGGCCAAGAAGCUUCGUGGCGUGCGGGCGUGUUGCUGAGCCGGAAAAUGCGCGCGUAAACCGUGAUAGAUGUGUGUGAAAAUUGUGGCCCGCAACGGGAAAAUUGGCAGAGCAAACCAGCAAGUGUGUAGCGUGCCAUGUGCCUGUGUUUGUGGAGUGCGUGAAUGAAGUGGCACGGUAUCGCAGCGGAAAUCGUUUGCUGGCCCAUCGACUGGCCAGCCAGUGCGGGUGCGCUGUGCUGUUGCGGUCGUGGAUGAUGCGGCUGGAGCUGGCGGUGCCAGGAGCACAGUUCCCGGGCCAUAAUUGUCGGUUGAAUGACUCUCGAUGCGAUAGCAAUAACAGCAAAAUCAGCUGCUCCGGCAACCAUAAUAUUCAUCACGCUCGUUCCAUUUGACGGCGAGGAGGAGCAACAACGAACAAUUGCCAACAGCACCACCGCUAAAUUUUGGACACAAUCAUAAAUGCGACAUGUUAGCAAGGGCAAAGCGAACGGAAAACACACAACAGGAACAACAGCAACAACAACAACAGCAGCAACUAUCGUCAGCAACAUUUAAUAAAACUACAAAAAGAAAAGGGCGACCGACGGCAGCACAAUUAGCUGGGGGAAAAGAUGGUUCUCAGCACCGAAUGGUCGCAGGUGGAGGUCAUCGAUCUGAUCAACGAUGGCAACGGCUUGGGCUUCAUCCUCGUGGGCGGUCGCAGUACCGGUGUGGUGAUCAAGGCCCUAACGCCCGGGGGCGUGGCCGAGCGGGACGGCCGACUGCAGCUGGGCGAUCAUCUGCUGCAGAUCGGCGAGGUCAAUCUGCGGGGCUUCAGCUCGGAGCAGGUGGCAACAGUUCUUCGUCAGACCGGAGCUCAGGUGCGUCUGAUAGUGGCGCGGCCGGUGGAGCCGACGGCCAUCGAUUACCAAACGCUGGCCUGUCAGGCGCCGAUUAUACCAACUAAGCUCCUCUCCGACCCGGAAGAACUGUCGCGUCAUCUCUUCCAGAAUCCGAGUUUUGCAACUGCUGCCGCAGCCGCCGCAGCCGCAGCAGCAGCGGCAGCAGCAGCGGGCUCCGGCAGCGACGGCGAUGUCGGCGGCGGCGGCGUCUUGGAUGUGGCCAGCUUGGUGGGUCUGGUGCGCGGCGGUCCCGCCGAGGGCACGGAACUGUCUGCCGUGGAACCGCAACCAAGUGCGGCGGUACUUCAGCUUCAACAACUGUCCGAGCUGGCCGGCGAUCUGGCUGACUUCCCACUGCCUCCGAUUCCGGGUGGUGGAGGCCACUCGACGCUCACGGACUCCAAUGCUGGCCAACGCCCCUGCCCGCGCCUGGAUCUGGAUAUAGUGCCCUUCUCGAUACUAUCGCCGCCGCCACGUCCCGCCCUGCAGAUGCUGCCCCUGGAGACCCAAUGGCGAUGCGUUCAGGAUCAGAACCAGCACAUUGAGACUGUGAUAGCCGACAGCAAACGCAAGCUGUUGGCCAACGAAGAUGGCGGAUCCGGUUCGGCGUCGGGUUCCGGUUCCCCCGAUUCCUACAUGGACUCCCCGGAAACGGAAACGUACGUGGUGGAGCUGCACAAGAAUGUCUACGGCCUGGGUAUCACGGUGGCCGGAUAUGUAUGCGAGGAGGAGGAUCUAUCGGGUAUAUUCGUGAAGAGCAUAAUUGAGGGAAGUGCCGCGGAGACAAGUGGUCAGAUCCAGAUCAACGAUCGCAUUGUAGCCGUGGAUGGCAGAUCCCUAUCCGGCGUUACCAACCAUCAGGCGGUGGAACUGCUCAGGAACACCGACAUAGUGGUUCAUCUGACUCUGGAACGCUUCCUCAGAGGCAGAAAGUAUGAGCACUUGCAAGUGGCCCUGACCGAAAUCAAAGGAACAUCAGCUCCCUCCGGCCUAGAUAGGAGUCAAGAUAAGGACCAGGACCAAGAGUCGCAGCUAUCGAUGCCUGGGUCCCCGUCGAUAGCCACGUUGAGUUGGCUGCCACCCAAGUCACUGGAUGCCGAUUCCAUAGCCACCGAAGGCGAUGAGGCCGUGGAGGCGGAGUAUGUGGGCAUUUCGGGAGCCGAGGAUGAGUUCAUUGAGCUCCCCUCCCGGGACACCGUUGAAUCGAACAUGUCGCACGUGCUGGACCGCAGUGAUCACAGUGGAGGCGUCACCAAGGAUCAGGCGCCCAGGAUCAGUCCGAUAGCGCCGCUAACGAAUGGGCGCAGCUUAAUCCUGGCCGAUGACAGUGGCAAUGACACCGAUGAGCAGUGUCCAGAGCCGGAAACGGAAACGGCACAGGCCCGCAAAGGGUCAAAGCCGGAGAUGGAGAGGGUCAAAGACCUUGGGGAUACGGAAACGGGUGCCGAUCCGGAUCCCGAUCUCGAUCCCGGCCAGAUGCCAACGCCCACGAACGAGGCACCUGUGAAAGCGGCCAGCCCGACGGCCGCCUCGCUGCGCGUUGCCUGGAAAAGUGAGUUUCCCGACAGUGAAAUUUUAGUUGCCGAAAUAAAUAAACUUUCAGGUCUAGGGAUCAGCCUUGAAGGCACUGUGGACGUGGAGUGCGGCAUUGAGAAGCGUCCGCAUCACUAUAUACGCUCGAUACUGGCCGACGGGCCGGUGGGGCGUCAGGGCAUCUUGCGGCCGGGAGAUGAGCUCCUCCAGGUGAACGAGCACAAGCUCCAGGGAUUGCGACACAUCGAGGUGGUUAAGAUCCUCAAGGAACUGCCCGCCAGGGUUAAGUUGGUCUGCGCCCGCGGCACUCACGUUCCGUCGGUCAUAAAUACCUCGCAAAAUCCGGAGGCCUUUGAGACUCGUAGCCUCUUGCCCGGUGGCCACCAGAGUCUCCAGAAUCUGCUGAGCAAGGCCCAGUCGGAGAGCUCGCUCUACACGUCCAGCACGGCAACUUUAACGGAUGCGGGAGCAGCGGCUGGAGGAUCGGGGGGCACUGCAGGUGGAGGAGCUCGCUCCAAGUCACUAGAAAACGUUUCCGGCUUGGCUCUGUGGAGCUGCGAAGUGACCGCCGUCGAUAUAGAGAAAACGGAGCAGGGCUUCGGCUUCUCCAUUCUGGACUACCAGGAUCCGCUGGACUCCGAGGGCAGUGUCAUCGUCAUUCGCGGCCUGAUACGCGGUGGUGCUGCGGAGGCAACCAACGAAAUUUAUCCGGGCGAUCGCCUUAUGAGCGUCGGCGAUCGCCUGCUCCAGGGCCUCGAGCUGGACGAGGCGGUGUCCAUUCUGAAGGCCAUGCCGCCUGGACUCACGCGACUGGGCAUCUGCCGACCCCUCUCCGCCUCGGAUAGCAAUAGCAACAGCAACAUAGCCUCGCCGCUGGGCGAUUCGGCCAGCACAUAGUGGCAGCCCCUUCCCGACGGCCAUCAGGAGUCGGAGGAAGGACUGCAAGCGGAAAUGGCAAGGCCACCGGAAACGGAAACGGAACAGGAACUGGAGCAGUUCACACUGUAUUUUAUGACCCUUAUAUCGGCCUUGUGAAUGAAUCCAUCGCACCACCAGCUGCCCCACAUUGGAAAUCUAAAGCAACCAAAUAGAUAAGUCUGCGGCAUGAAUCGGCGAGUCCUGGCGUCAUUAGAACAAUUUGUACAUAGUAUAUAACCAAAUCCGCACAUUGACCGAUUGGAUUAACUACACACGACCUAGGUUUGAAUUGAUGGCCCAACAAUCCCGAACACUGAAUACUAAAAGCGCAUAAAUAAAUAAAUUGAACGGCACGCAACGACUCUAAAAAUAUCACAAAUUGUUGUAUCAAUAAAUUAUUAAUAACAAAAGCUUACAACAUCAAAUAGAGUUGAACAUCAACGGGAAUAUGUACGUAAAAAAAACCCACGAAAUUCCAAGCGAACGAGGAGUGGCGAAUUCGGAAUUUAUUCAUACACACACAAAUAUUGCAAAACAUUUUUCCAGUUUAGUAUGCAUAUGUCGAGGAGGCCAUGAUGGCCAUAAUGAUAGCUCCCCGGUAGUUUCCACAUAUCCACCCGAAUACCAGAAGAACCACAUCCCCGCCCACCUUAGGAAACCGCUGUAAAUAUUCCAGAGAUUAUUUUUAUUGUCCUUUUCAACUUUGCGUAGCAUAAAUUUACAAUUUCUAGCUUGUAAAUCAUUUAUACAUACAAAUAAUAUACUUAAAUAGGUAGGGCUAGGUCGAAGGGGGCGGCUGUGUCGAUGGGCGUGGCAGCUCUGCGUAGUUAACUCACUCACAUCCUCAAGAAUUCGCGGUCAUUUCAUUCAAACUGUAUAGGAAAUGAGAGUUGCAGAGUUGCAGUUGUGCGUAUAAUCGAUUACAUAUACCUAUUAUAGAUACUGCAAAUUCUAUGCCUAUGAAUAUAAUAAUAUAUAUAUUUACAAUUGACGACCAAGCAAAAGUAAAACUUUAACUUUAGUAACAAGUCAACACAAUUGAACGAAAAACACACAAACAAACUGAACUAAAGUAGAUCGAAAAUAAAGACAUUGGUGAGGUGUUGAAAUCACCUCUUGCAGCAUAGAGAAUAUACACAUUAAAACAAAAGCUUAUUAGUGAUACUAAUUUUAAAUGGACAAACAAGAAAGCAAAUGAUUAAUUAAAGAAGAAAACAAACUAUGAUUGAUAAUUCUAGCGAACCUUAAAAUGUUUAAAUUGUUAAUAAAUUUCUGUUGAUCGAUUCUAUGUUAUCUGAAUUCGAUUUCAUGUGUAUAUAAAGUUAUUAAUCACAUCAACAAGAUGCUUGAGCUAUCUUUAAAAAAAAACUGAACGAUUAGAUUAGGAUAACAACACACAUGCAGUGUGUUUUAAAACUACAAUAUCUGUUAGUAAUAAUUCCAAUUGAUUUAUUAUUAAUUUGUGUUUUGUUUAGUCCUGUUAGCACAAGUGUUUGUAGUCAUAUUUCUGUUCAAAAUUCAUUGAACUUAAUAAAUAUAUUUUCGAUUGAUUUUUCCAAAUUUGUAUCCCUUACUAAUUUAAAUCGACUUGUAGUUAUGAAACGCACUGUCCACUCGUAUACCAAUUUACACAAAGACAUAGAGAGACAUUAAACUCAUGCACUUUCGCUUAUGAAUACUUCUAUGUUUUGCAGAUGAAAUGAGAAAAAGUUCCACGCAAGUCAAACAAAAUAUGCAGAUACAUUAUCUAUCUAUCUAUCACGCAACCACACUAACACACAGAAAAACGCCACACACACACACACGUAUGUAAGAACACGCACACCAAUGCAAAAAGAAUCAUAAUAUCUGAAACAAACUUACCAAUUAGCAUUACAAACUAAUGAAACAACUCUUUCGAGCGAAAACCAACUAAGAAAUCGACUAAAACUACACAUAAUGUAACAAUGAAACACAAUCGAAUCGAAUCGAAUUGAAUUGAAACACGAGACACGAAGGGCAACGCAGACUAAAGUUGAAAUCCAUAUGCAGUUUGGCAAAAACAUAGGCUACAUUAGACACAGAGUAUGUAAAUUGACGAACGUUCAAUAAACGAAUGCGAAAAUAUAACAAAAGUAUUAAUACACGUACAAAGAUCCA